UAAAAAAAAGAGGAAGGCAGAGUUUUCCUUUUGUAAGGUGCCCUCAGUUGAAUCCCCUACGGUCACUGGAAGAGGAAGGGCCGGCCGCUUCCAGGGAACCGGUGCUCCUUUCUCCUCGCCUCAGAAUCGCCCUGAAGAAGGAGGAGAGAGAGAAAAAAAUAAUCCCCCGGCGCCGCUGAGCCUCGCCCUCUUUCCCUCUCCCCGCCUGGAUGUGAAGGAAAGGCCGCUCAGCCUAUCAAGCCGCUCCCUUGUGGGUUAAGGCGGCGCUUAAAACACAGGCUGGCCAAUAAGAAGCCAGGCUCCUCCCGCCCUCAGCGCUGCUCUGUGGAGAAAGCGAGGGGGAAAAAAAAGGCCUCGGGCGAGACCUCGGCCUCGGCGAGAGGCAGGUGAGCGGCAGCAGAGGCCAGCCGGCGAGGACGACGACGACAGGGGCGGGAUGGAGCGGAAGGGAAGACCCUCCCAGGAGCCACCUUCUUGAACCAGGGGGUUGAGGCUGGAUUUCUGAGGAUGGUGUGUGCAUCUUGGUGGCUUGUGUGGAGACUGGCCAUUGCUCACCUACCGUGUCUUCUGUGAAGAUUGCAGCCAUGUCUGUGAUGAUAGCAAGGAAGAAGGUGACGCGGAAAUGGGAGAAGCUGCCGGGAAGGAAUACAUUUUGCUGCGAUGGGCGCAUCAUGAUGGCCCGACAAAAAGGCAUCUUCUAUCUGACCCUUUUCCUCAUUGUAGGAACGUGUGCCCUCUUUUUUGCUUUUGAGUGUCGCUAUCUUGCUGUCCAUCUCUCCCCAGCCAUUCCUGUCUUUGCGGUGAUCCUCUUCCUGUUUGCGAUGGCUACUCUCCUGCGGACAAGCUUCAGUGAUCCAGGGGUGAUCCCACGAGCCCUGCCAGAUGAGGCCGCUUUCAUUGAAAUGGAAAUUGAGGCAACCAAUGGAACUGUGCCUCCAGGUCAGCGGCCACCCCCACGCAUUAAGAACUUCCAGAUCAAUAACCAGAUAGUGAAAUUGAAGUACUGCUAUACCUGCAAGAUCUUCCGUCCACCCCGUGCCUCACACUGCAGCAUCUGUGACAACUGUGUGGAGCGAUUUGAUCAUCAUUGCCCCUGGGUGGGGAACUGUGUGGGGAAGAGGAACUACCGUUACUUCUACCUCUUCAUCCUUUCCUUGUCUCUUCUCACCAUCUACAUCUUCUCCUUCAACAUUGUCUACGUGGCCCUGAAAUCUCUGAAGAUUGGCUUUCUGAAUACUCUGAAGGAAACCCCUGGGACGGCUCUGGAGGUUUUGAUCUGUUUCUUCACACUUUGGUCUGUGGUGGGUUUGACUGGCUUCCACACAUUCUUGGUAGCACUGAACCAGACAACUAAUGAAGAUAUCAAGGGGUCCUGGACUGGGAAGAACCGUGUGCAAAAUCCGUAUAGCCACGGCAACAUUGUGAAGAACUGCUGUGAGGUUCUGUGUGGACCUCUGCCUCCCAGUGUGCUGGACAGACGGGGUAUUGUACAGCAGGAAAGUGCUAAUCAAGAUAGCACUCUUGGGUCCGAGUCCAGAACGCAAGAGAAAAGCACAGGAGAAGCUAGUGCCCAGGAAGCCAGUGGUGCCUCAGAGGGUGGCAGUGCCUUUCCAGAGGAGAGUUUGCCUGUGCCAACAUGCAAGGUGCCACUGGAGAAGGUGCCGCUCCCUCCUGCUGCUGCAGAACUGUCUGUUCCAUCCCUGGAUCAUGAGCAGACAACACAUUAGCCUCCAAAGUGGCCACGGACACUCUUUCUGCUCAGCUUACCCCUGUGAAGCUGCAGAGUUGACAAGGAGGGGCAGGGACAGCCGGCUGGACAGCAGCAACCUCAAGGUGUUCUCUCCCGUUGUUUGUUCACCAGUGGUUGUGACUCGUGUCUGCCAAUGGAGGGAUGCCAGCACUCCCCUUCUCAUGGAUGCUGAGCACCCACGAUGCUGCCGAGGGACUCUUCUGUUCAAGAGGCAAUCGCUGCUGCUGGCUGGGGCAGGCCCUCUUUGCCUGCCUUUAGUCUCAAACACUACAAAGUGUGAGCCUCUGUGGCCCAGCCCCAACAUCCCUGAGGUGUGCUGGGAAGAAGAAGACAGAGCUGGGGACCAUGUUCUGUGCCAUCUUCUACCUGUGAUUGCAGUGUUGUGUAUUUGCCUGAAGUUGGUGGCCAGUGGAGCAAAUUGCUAAUGGAGCCACGGCCAACUAGCUUUAUAUGUAGUAUCCUUCCUAAAUGUUCCCUGUCAAACCGUGCCAUAUGGCAGCUUGGAACCCCAAGCAGUCCAUAAUCAUAAAAUAACCAGCCAGGAGAGCACUGAUCCUUCUUGGUCCCAGGCCCCUUUCAUCUUCAUAUUGAAACUUUACAGUGUAGUAUCAUUUCCUACUUGGCCUCACUUCCGGCUCUUACAUCUUCCUGCCUCCCCAGUCUUCUUUCUGCAGCAUUAAUGCUUGAAUUGGGCAUAGUGAUGUCUGGUUUGCCCUUUUUCAGUAACAGUUCUGUUGGGACAGCUGGGGAUUGAGGCCACAAGGGAGCAGAAAACCUGAGAGGACUUGACUGGAAAGGUGAUUGGUGCAUAGGUCUCGGAGCCAGGCAGCCAUUGGGUGACUUUUGUGUGAUUCCGAAAUAUUGUUGUAUUCUGAGCUCACUGCUGAGUGAUGCGAUGGAUAUUAUUUGCCUGUAUAGUAACUGGUGUUUCUAGCCCGUUUUGUGUCUCCCAGGCCCCUCCAUGUAAAAGAGUGGAGAGAAGCUGUCAAAGAAUAAGACUGACAGGGGAACUGUGGCUGCCGUGAAUGAAGGGGCCCUGACAUUGGUGGGGGCAGCUGACCUGUGGCGUUUGGGCAGAGUCUUCAUUCAUAGAACUCGCCUGCACAUCUGCAGAAGUCUGUGUCUUAUGACUCCAUUGUAAUUGUGCCAAUCAGAUUAAGGUUGGAGAGUAUAUAUAUACUUAAUGCUCCCCUGUAAAAACAUCUACCCCGCACAUGGAAAAUGUCUGCAUGGAGAAGAAGAGUAGCUAAAAUCCUUCUCCCUGUAAUGUAUUCUUCAUGUAAGGAACUCUUCUUUGGUGCACAAAGCUGGGGUGCAUUAAGAAAAUACUUCUUACACCAUACCGAGCCAACAUGUGUUUUCCUGUCACAGUGUCAGACGUAUGAUAAGUGCAACAGUUUGUCCUCACUUGAAGGGGGAUUAAAAAUGGCUAACAUUUUCUCCCUCGCCUUCAACCUUUCCUGCCUCCUUGGGUGUAUAGAUAAUCAGAGAAAGAAGAGAAGGUGGGGAGAAAAAGUAAGAAUUCACCCCCUCCCCGUUAUCUUGACCAGGUUUGGAUGUAUGAAGUCGUUGUAUCCUUGGUUGUCCUGCAUUUGCCAAAUCGCUCUGUGGGCUGCAGGGGCUUUGGGAGAUUCUGGCAAGGUACCUGUUGUUUAUUUUUGGAGUAGCCAAAUGUCCUGACUAAAUUUAUGCUCUCUUCCUCAGCAGAGGUGGGAUGGGGGCCAGUAUCCUAUUGAGCUUCCGCUGAGUGCACUGUCAUGCCAGCACUCUCUUAUGCUUUGCUGUGGAUAGUAGCACGUGGGGUUGUACCACUUGCACACUUGUUACCAUUGCACAAGCAGUGAUCUUCAUGAAAAAGAGGCUCCGUCCUCCGCUGGCACAACGGCAACAUUUGCACAUGCAGCCUGAUCCUGCAUCACGUACGCUGGCAGACGUUUCUGCACAGCAGAGCUCGGUAGGAUGCUAGCCAGCUCGGUGUUCUUGAGCACAUCCUCUUUGCUUGACUAGAAUGCCCGUUUCCCCCUUGUCACUCGGUCUGUGUGGCUUCUUUCUUUCCAACUGCACACAACGGGAGGCAGGAACAGGAAAACGCGCCUCUGACACUCCUUGACGGUGUUGCAACAUUUCUGCCCGGGACAAGGUUGAAAACUACUGCCACACUCACUGUCAAUCAACUCUCAACAGCAUUGCAACCAUCUUGUCUGGGUUGUCUUUUCUAAUGUACUGUGUCAAAUGGCCCUGGGGAGCAGGAUGAUCCUGGUUGCCUGGAGGCUUCAGUGUUCCCCUCUGAUCUCAACAAUGAAGGCAUUGGAAUUUG